AAAGAUAACAGCACAACUGGCUCGAGCAUUGAUUACCAAUGCGCGAAUGAUAACAUUCAUUUCCGAAAUAUUCAACGAGAAUAUAGUCAUUUGAGCUUCAAAUUACCUAAGUUCGUAAACGUUAUUUUGUGUGUAUUGUAUUGGUGUUUAGAAACCUAUGAAUUUAGCUUAGUUUGAUAAUGACGGUGACAAGAAUGUGUGAUUAACAGUUUUCUGGAUAAAAUAUAAAAUAAUAUCGAGUGACCUGGCUGGCUCAGGUCUGGUGUCAGAGUUUUCAGGUCGCAACUGAUCAAUUUCUGGAUAAAUUCGUUCAUACUGUGGGCCUACAAAAUUAUUAAAAUGGAUCCAAACGCUUCGUGGAAAGAGCUGAUGGGAUGUGAGGAGCAGCCAAGAUUCAAGCCACCUCACUGGUUCUCAGUUUUCGUAGAAGUUACAUCAGUUGUUGGACUAGCGAUAUUGGCAGCUUAUCUGAGGUUUACAGCUUUGCUUCCAUUGUCAACUUAUCAGGAUUAUUCGCAAUUCUGCAAUAAUGGUCCAUAUUAUGCUAAUGCAUACACAUUCAACCCGUUCACAGACAACUUCACCGAGGCAUUCUACUUUUUCUCACUCUUAUCAGCACUUAUUUUAGUGCUGGUCUAUGAGUUUGAAAGGAGCUACUACUCAAAACAUCCCAGCUAUCUACAUUUUUCACCAUGUCAACGAUUCUUCUAUAUAGCACUCAGGCCUCUAGGUUUCUUCACAAUUGGAGUUUUGAUAGUCUCAGUCACCGUGGAUCUCAUGAAAGUUCAAGUGGCAUGGCCAAGGCCCUAUUCCUUUUACAAAUUUCCUGAAUUGUGCAAUUCCACAGCGAAACUAGAUGGGACAGUGUCGAAAGCUGUGCGUUACGCUUUGACUGCGUUUCCCUCGCAUCUGACAGCUGUGACUGGAUUUUGCAGCACAUUAUGCGCUGUUUACACUCACCACUCGUGCACACUCGACUCAGCGCCUUUGACCAAACCUAUCAUCAAAAUGAUGCUCUUCCUACUCGCCGGAACUAGUGCCAUCUACAAAAUGAACGUUCACUACAACCACUGGUUUGAUGUUGUCGUGGGUCUAUUGAUAGGGGCACUCUUUGGAUACCUGACGCAUUCAUUACUAUGGCGAGGCUACUCGGUCCAUUUGCACGGAUUCACAGACAACUCUUGGAAGCUACUCUUGCCUCGAGUAAACGUGCCGAAACAAGUUGUGAGGAGAACAACAAGUGAUGAUUACAUUUCUACAGGGAACACCCUCAGCUUGAGAAGCCAGGAGAAACCACAGCCAUACUGGCUACAAGCUUGAGAGAGCAAAUUUAUUUAAUUAUUUAAUUGAUCUGUAUGUUAGUCAUUAUUGAAUCAUAGUUGCAAGGAUACUCUUCCCAAUAAUUGAAAUAUUCGUAUACAGUAAAUUAUUUCCUCCCUUCCAAGAUGGAGUUUGAUUGAGUUGAGUGUGGAUAAGAUUGAGUUCGGUGAACAUUUGAAGAUUUGAACCAUUAUAAUUGUUAAAAAUGGUUUUAUAAUAAUUAAGAACCAUUAUAAUUGUUGAAAAAUUGAUGAA